CGAUUUAUAAACACUAAUUGUGAUUGAUUAUUAAUAUUUAUUUGGCGUUUUGGAUAAAUUGUAACACAUCGUAUUGCUAGUUACCAAGAAGUAAGUGAUAUAUCGAAGAAGUAAGAGUAAGAGGCUGUCAUGAUAUCCAUUUGUGCAUUCCUCAUUCUUUUGGUUCCAUCAGUCAUCCAUGCACAGGUACCAGCUGGAUGUCCUCUGGAUUGCCCUCUGGAUCUUCAAAUUAUACAGGACAUAUCAUGUAGUAUAAAAGAAGUUAACAAAUAUCAAGUACAGGAUUUCCUCAUAGCAUUUGCAGAGGCACUUAGCCCUUGUAUUGGCAAGGGUGAUACAAAAACACAGAUGGGGUUGAUAAGUUAUGACAAAUUUUCCUACAAUAAUUUCUAUCUGAAUGAGUACAGUUCGGGAGCAGCUAUAGCAGAUGCUAUAGCCAAAAUGGACUGGAACCACGAAAAUAUUAACGAAGGAGGACGAUGUGGUACAGCAACAUAUAAAGCGCUAAACGAUGCGAGAAAAGUGGCUCUUACAGAAGCACAUGGUGUAAGAGAUCCAUUGGGUAUAAAAUCACCACCUAUAAAGAAGGUGGUUAUUGUGCUAACUGAUGGUGCUACACACCCCAAAACAAAGUCAGGCGCCACUAUCCAGGCCGCUCGGGAUCUCAAAACAGAUUCUGGUGUUACGUCAUUUGCCAUUGAAUUACCAAAUCAUAAGAUGAAUAAUGACCCUGAGAUGCAAGCCCGUGGAACAAAGGAAUUUAGGGAAAUUGCAUCCACACCUGAGGGACUUAUUAGGGUGACAGACUUCGCUGCUUUGAUAGACAGAAUGGGAGAAGUUUUGGGAAAUCUGUGUGAUGUACCCCCAACGGAAUCACCACCAGAACCCGUAGAUCCAUGUAAGAAAUUUGCCUCCUUCGAUCGAGAAUGUGAAAUAACAAUGGCAAUGUGUAAUCCGGCGGAUCCAAGAUGCUGUGGUUGUCCCUUGAUGUUUAAGGACCCAGUAACCAAGUUGGAUAAAACGCCGUUCGAGGUAGCCUACAAACAGGGAAAUUGUUUAUGUGAGGAAUGUAUUCGAAAAUCACAUUUCUGUCUCCCAAAGUCCUUUCGCCCGAUCCUAAGCUAUGGAAAACCAAAAGUAUCUCGUUAUUACCCAGGAGCACCACCAGAAGACGCUGACAAUACUCCUUAAGUUCACUAUGACUAUCUUAAUAUAUUGAAUAAAAGUUUGAAGAGUUGAGUCACAUAGAA